GCAGCAGCUGGUGCAGCCGAAGAGGCUACUUUGUUAUAGCGGAGCCACCGGAGAGAAAACGGAUGAACGGAGUCUCUCGGAAAAGUGUGAACAGUUGAGGGAAAACGGCGCAACCGAAGGCCCGUCGGCGAGAUUUGGCAGUGGCAGCAGCUUUAUGACCUCUCCGGUGGAUUUCAACCGUGUGUUUUCACCGUCAAAAGCAGCGCUUUCUCAAAGUUGAGCCCGAGAGGAGUUCUCUCAUUCAGGAUGUCGGACUGAGACAAAGGGGUCUGGGGGGCAUUCCCGUCGGAGCGCAGGCAAAACUUGAUUCUUGAAGCCUCCUCUGAAUGGGAAAGAUGGAGCGGGAGUUGCUAUGGUGGAAAGGACAGUUAGCUGCAGAUAUCCAUCAGUCCCUCCGUAUCAAGGAACUGAAGUUACCGGUCUACCGAGCUCACUCUCCGCAGAUUGGCAUGCGGCGGUACUUUGCUGACUUGUUGGCAAUCCUGAGCAAUCGGUACCAGCUCUGUCCGACAGCACGUCACCUGGCCGUCUACCUGCUGGACUUGUUCAUGGACCACUAUGAUGUCGCUGUUAAGCAGCUCUAUGUCAUUGCGCUGUCCUGUCUGCUGCUAGCUAGUAAAUUUGAAGAGAAGGAGGACCGGGUUCCCAAACUGGAGCAGCUGAACUCUCUGGGCUUUAUGUGCAGCCUUAACCUAGUUCUCAACAAGAGGGAUCUGAUCAAAAUGGAGCUUCUGCUACUGGAGACCUUUGGCUGGAAUCUGUGCAUGCCUACACCCGCCCACUUUAUUGACUACUACCUCCAUGCCUCGGUGCAGGAGGGUGACCUCUACAAUGGCUGGCCUCUGUCCUCACUCUCCAAGACCAAGGCUUUCAUGGACAAAUACACUCACUACUUCCUGGAGGUGUCAUUGCAGGACCACGCCUUCCUUAGUUUCAGACCAUCCCAGGUUGCUGCUGCCUGUGUGGCGGCAUCACGUAUUUGCCUUCAAAUUUCCCCAAGCUGGACGACUGCUCUGCAUCUGCUAACAGGCUACACCUGGGACCACCUCACCCAGUGCAUUGAACUCAUGUUGCUUGCUCAUGACAACGAUGUGAAGGAGGCCAAUAAAGCUAAAUCCACCCCUCCUCACCGGCCCUCCUCUCUGCAGUCCCAGCCCUCUCACCUCUCUCCUGUGUCGGCCAUCCAGAGACCAGCCUCCUCCACUUCCUCCUCCACACCACAGCUGCUCUUCCAGCCAGAUGGCUUCCCACACCUUUCCCAGCAUUCCCCAUCCCUCUCCCAGCUCCAAACCUUAGCUGACUCCCAGGCUUUGAGCUCUGUGGUGAACAUGUCCCAGGAGUUCCUCCAGAGCCACAGGAUGGGUCUACUAACUGGGGCUCCCUCUAUCACUCCUGGGGGUGCGUUCCCCUCCUACCCGAGCCUAACAUCAGGUCUGCAGCCAGGGGCGCGUGCGUUGCCACUCCAGGGCCCCAUUUCUGUGCAGAUGGCCCUUGCUGGAGAACCACGACAUUGUUUGAGCAUGGCCUACAGCGGGGGAUACCUGGGGGCUCAUCACACGUUCACAGCUGGCUGCUUUGACAGGUGACGCCAGGAGACGGAGAGGGAACACAAACCCCUACGGGAGUCCACUGCUAUGCUUCCGUCCCAACUCCCUACCCCGAAACAUCCUCUUACAGACCUCCGCUCUCUCUCCGUCAGCACUGCAACACCUUCAGCUUGUCCAGCUCCCCCGUCCCUUUCGCAGAGACGCCUCAAACGCAAGCAGAGGGCCAAAGGCAAGACAGACCCAGUGGAAGUCAUCACACUGACGUGACAAAUGCUCCACUGCCUCAUAUGAAAUAUUGAGGCACUGCAAAAAUGUUACUGCCAUAUUCUAAACUGGAUUUACAAAUCUGUGUUAUUAUGAGACUGUCAUCACUGUGAAUGAGAUGAAAGCAGCAGUGUGAUCUCACACCCACCUCAUUCAGUGCCUGUUCUCAGUUGUGUGAUAGCUGAGCCAAUUUUAGAAAUGCACAGAACACAAAGUAUCUGUGAUGAGCGUGUCUUGCUGCUUGACGUGUUUUUUUUUCUUUUUCCCAUUUUGUAAUCCCAAAAAUUGAACACAUUUUAUAGAGGAAAAUUUGGAUGGUAUUGUUUUUUGCGCCACCAUUUGAGAGUGAGAUAGAAGACAAAAUAGAGGCUUGUCGCUGACUUGGCACGGCAUAAAAAGGCUGUAUACGUCAGCAGACUAUUUGGUCGUGUCUCCUGAAUGUCAGUGAACGUUGAUAUAACGAGCUGAAGGGCUUCUCUGGGAAAUCCUCACAACAUACAACCUCAGAGGGGAUGAAGAAUUCUUUGUUUCAUGCACAGCAGGUGAAUCCACAGCUCAAACAGGCCUGCGGUAUUUUGUUUCUUCUUUUAUGUUCUCCUCUUUCCUCAUCUUUCUCUCCCAUCUCCAAAGUGGAGCCUUGUGGCAGAGCCUUCACACAUGCAAGUGAAAACGUGGCUCUCUUACAGCUGCAGGCUUUGUCAUACUAAAGUUCUAAUUUCUCCCGAACCACUCAAAGAAUUCAACACAAACUGAUGUGACUGGACCAGCAUGGUGAAGGAGACAUGGACGUUGGUUGUGUAUUGUACAUAUGAAAUGCUGCUGCCUUCUUUUGAACUUUUGGUUCUGUGUCUGUGUUAAUGACUCCAAUGUUUACAUGAACCACUAAGUAUCAGGGACUUUAACAAGAUUACUUGAAUAUGAUGCCAUUGAAACAUGCCGUAGCUUUUAUUUAUGAUGACUCGUUUUUAUCUUGUUCUUGAUUUUUUUUUAAAUAAAUUUUUGUUUGAUGUAGUGUAGAUUUAUAUGCCAGCUUAGAACCCACCAUUGAUUAAUUUUAGUUUUCUUUGUACCCGUUCAUAGAAACUGUAUAUUCAGGCUCAGGUUUAAAGGCUGAAGCUAGCAGUCUUUUCUUCAUUAUUCUGUGCUAUUGCGCUUUAAAGUGGAUGCUGAUUCAGUAUCUGUGGGGGCUGCAACAUUCCCCUUCUUCAUCACUGGACCAUACUCUGUACAGCUCAGUAAAUGAGUGCAUGAAACAGUCUAUUUGCUACAGAGUGGAACAAACCCUCGGUCACUGGCUUCACCCACAAACAUCUGCAGCCAGUCCUGGGUAAUUGCUUCCCAGAUUUCUAAAGCUGCAAUCCCCAGUCUUCCACUUCCUGUUAAAGUGUAAACGCAUCCAGAUUCCCAGUGCCGGUCAAACUGGUUACCAUGGUGAUACCUUAACUGCACGGACCCCGGGUUUUGGGGUGUUUUGUUGACUGCAUUCUGACUGAAUUAUUACUGAAAUUUGCGAUUAUCUGUUGGUUAUUUUCUCAACUGAUUGUCCAUGACAUAUCUAAAGUACACCAUUUAGAAACUAACAAGUUUUAUCCUGCCAAAAGUGGAAAACACAAUAAUAUUAUGUUAAUAUCUUUGCUAUAUAUGGCAAAAAGCAGGCUAAAAUGAGAAAUCAUUUGGCAUUCUUGCUUUAUAUAUUAAACAGGUAAUUUAAAGAAAAUAUAAACUGAUGAGUCUACUAACCGUUCUAGCUUUAGGCUGAAUUGAAGAUGACUUCUUUUCAGUCUUGUGGAGAAUUGUUACCUUGUUCUGGAACAAAUUGUUAAUAACUUAGAUCUAUAAGUUACAACUUCUUAAGUUUUAAAUUUCCAGUGGUUUAAAUGUUUUACUUGACACUUAAGCCCGUUGCUGUUUGCUGUGGACUCUGGACAUCCUAUCAUGUUUGUGCCUCAUCCUAAGUUCAGAGACAUGUACAGACAUUCUCAGAUAACACUACAUAAAGCCUUCUAAAACUGCAGCUCUCAAGAUUAAUGUAAUUGCAAAUCACCAAAUCUUUAACAGACAUCUGUUUGCUUUCCCACCACUGAAAAGUACACGUUAAUGCUUUUCAGCGAUAUGAACCAUGAUGCUAUGCCUUUUUUUUGUAUGUUGUAUGUUAUAUUUUCUACAUUCCGUUUGUUUUCAUUAUACUUUAGGUAAAUCUCUGUAAUUCUUCCAAUUGAUGCUGUUGGUGUGGAUUAGUUCUUUUUUUGUUCUUUUUUUAGAGUUCAGUUUGCUGUUUUCCUCAGAAUUCACGAGCAGCUUCUCAUUGAGGUGUCAAAGGUGCAAUAUGUUGUUUUUCUGUUGAAACUGACCGCAGCCAUCACUGUCUCAUGUAUACCACUGGUUCAUCUUUUGUCAUAUUUUGGAUAAUUGUGCGAUUUCACUUGCCGUAGCUUGAUCCCCUGUAGAGGGCGGUGGGCUCUGAACACAAUUAAUAUGUUGCAUAUUGCAGCCACAUGCUUUGAGUGAUAGAUAUUACUGAAUGCUUUUUUGUCUUUUAGCUAGAGUUUUACCAUGCAUUUUUCUCUCCUGCGAAAGGUGCUGAUGUCACUCACACCAAAUAAACACUUGUCUUAUGUGAUAGUAACAAAAUGACACCACAAACUUCCAAUUUAUAUUUUUAUAUUCUUUUAUAACAAUCUGUAGUCUUGGAUUAUGUGACACGGAAUGAUAAGAAAAAAAAAUUUUAUCAUAAAGUGCCAUGAAAAAAUAAACACACAAGUGAGCGGA